AUGGCAUGUGACUUCAACCGAGGCUUCUCCAAUCCCAAAGGUAUACAGCGACGUGAUUGGCUGGUUCCCACGUGGGAUGAAAGGGUCCUAAAAAGCAAGGAGCCAAAAGAGACCCAUUGUCAUCACAAAAGAGCAAAACACAAUAUAAGGAGAACAAAGGGAUUGGACUCCCGAGCACAGCGUGGGAUAUAUAUACAUCAGGCUGAGGCAGCCAGCGCUCAUAACCGUGGAUACAACACAACCCCUUGGGGAAUAAACCUGUACACUCCAUUUUUACUGGCUCAGAGGAGCCGCCGACUUGAAGCCUGCGGGCGCCUAUCUUCCAAGGUCGUUGCGAUCCUGCAUUUCUCCCGUGCGAAUGCGGCGCCUCCAUCCCUGUGUAUUUCAUUUCUCUGCGACCAGCCAGUGACCGUCCUUGGCCAAGCCAUUUCCCCUGGCCUGGCCUCGAGAACUCGCUGCGACCGUCAUCCGUCGCUGGCCAAUGGCUGGGAUGGGAUAUUCACCGCGGCAGGGAAUCAGGAUAGUGGAUAG